UUCCCCAACCGAGACCGAUCGCAACCGGGUGCGCCGAACGGCACAACUGAUCACUAGCAGCGCAGUCAUCAUUGGUCCGAAGCCGCGUGGAUAUGCACGAUAUCUCUGUGGCCUUAGAAUAAGAACCGUUGCUGUAUUCUAAACAAACGAAACGAGAUUCCAUCGUGCUUAAAAAGUGAUUUAAGUGGAGCAAAGUGGCUCGAAAAUGGCGACCAUCGAACAGCUAGGCUAUAGUGCGUUUUUCAUCGCACUGACCUGCAUUUUUGCGUCCGUCGCGCGUAAACUAAACGAACGUUUGUCGAAGGAUGGACUAGUGAAAGAACUGUUCUUUGAGGCGAUAGCGGCCGCAGAACUGUGCGGAUGUUGUUUCGAACUGAUCAUCGUGGCGGACAACUUUGGUGUCGCAACGUAUGCCGUGUUCCUGUUCGCGCUCACUAUCUGGUGGGGCCGUUGCUGGGGAUCGGCCACGGCCUGCCCCUACACCUACAUGGAGCAAAUUGUCGAAGGUGAGGUGAGCCUCAAGGAAGCGGCAUUGAAAAUCUGGGCCCAGCUGAUGGGCGGUUGCGCUAUAUUCCGCUACGUCCAGCUGUACUGGUGGCUGGAGCUUGCGGAAACUCACCAGGGACGUGCGUUUGAAGAUUGCAAAGCUGACCUUCAGGUCAAUCUCUACCUCGGAGCGUUCAUCGAAGGUUUUGCGACGCUCUGCUGUCGGCUCGCAUCGAAGGUGAUCUCGGAGAAGGAUGCCAAGUUUGGGGCGUUCAUUGACUCCUUCAUCGGUACCAGCCUGGUCGUCGCCGCUUUCAACCUUUCGGGAGGUUACUUCAAUCCGGUGCUGGCCACCGCCCUGAAGUGGGGCUGCGCCGGUAACUCGGCCCUCGAGCACAUCAUCGUGUACUGGAUUGGAUCGUGCGUUGGUGCCAUUCUGUCGGUGCCCCUCUUCAAGACCGCCACCUUCCGGGAUCUCUUCCUGGCGGCCAAGUCCAAAUCCGACUAAUAAGAUGCCGAACAAUGCAGCCGCUUGGACCUUUGAAAUACUCAGCAAAGAAAAGCUUUCUAGUCAAAGUCAAAGACGUUCAAUUAUGAGGCGAUGUUAAUUCGUUGUUUUUUAUUGUUUUUAGAAUUGUGAUUUUAUACCACGCCGGUACUGGCCGGGCCCCUCUCCUUCAAAGUGUGUGCGAGCAAUGAACAAUCCUAGAGGUGUUAUGGUGCAUUUUCCGUCCCGUUGAUAAAUAUUUAUGCUUGGAAUAAGUUAGCCGUGGUAUCUAGUGCUGUAUGAUCGAAACACUGUGCGAGACACCCAGAACGAAAUAAAGAAAAGGCCGAUGCACUCGACUCCAAG